GUUACUUGGUUCUCUCUUUACUCUCGAUUGUGACCCAAAACCAAGUCACUGUUUGUUCAGAGAAGUUACUGCUCGUUUCCAACAAAGAAGUUACUUUGAAGAAAAAUGGCAACUAUUAGAAAUCUGAAAAUCAAGACAUCGUCGUGCAAACGUAUCGUUAAGGAACUGCACUCGUAUGAAAAAGAGGUUGAGAGAGAGGCGGCCAAGACGGCUGACAUGAAGGAGAAGGGUGCCGAUCCUUAUGAUCUUAAACAACAGGAAAAUGUGUUGGCUGAAUCAAGGAUGAUGAUCCCUGAUUGUCGCAAACGUCUAGAGUCCUCACUGGCUGACCUUAAAGGGAUAUUGGCGGAGCUGGAAGAAGCGAACCAAAAGGAAGGACCUGAAGUCACUGAAGCUGAAAGUACCGUUGCUGAUAUUGAGAAGUUAUUUCAGACAACAGAAUCUUAGUAUGCUAGCUCAUAGCCUCCUGCAUUUUUUAUUUGCUUUGCAAAUUCUGCGAUACGUAGAAUCUCAUUUAUGUUUGUUUUCCUGAUGUGAUGAGCGUUUAUCGCGGGUGCUUAUCUUCUACUGUCGGUGUGUCUAGAAAUUAUGAUGUUUGAAAGAUGGCAUUUUUAGACU